GUGAUUCGUGUGCUUGAAGCUUAGUUGAAUUGGCUAUGGAGCAAGCUAAAUUUUCUUACCAUGUAUUCUUGAGUUUCAAAGCGCAAGACACUGGCAAUACUUUUACUGAUCAUCUCCAUAGAAAUUUGGAGCGAGCUGGGUUUCAUGUGUUCAAAUGUGACGAAGAAGAAGAGAAAACAGAUGAGUUGACGUCAAAAUUGAAAAAGGGAAUAGAGCAAUCAAGGAUGUCAGUGAUUGUAUUGUCCCAAAACUACGCAUCAUCGGAGAGGUGUCUUUACGAGCUUGUCAUGAUUUUGGAUCAAAAGAGAAAUUUUGGGCAUAUAGUAUUGCCUGUCUUCUUUGACGUGGAUCCUUCCGAUGUAAGGAAGCAAAAGGGAAGUUUUGGGGAAGAAAAUUUCAGGAUUAUUAAUGGUGUGAGUCAGAAGUUAAGAAAUUGGAGAAACGCUCUCAAAGAAGUGGCAGAUUUAGGAGGAAUGCCCUUGCAAAAUCAAGCUGAUGGACAUGAGGCAAAGUUCAUAGAGAAUAUUGUUGAAGUGGUUGCAAACAAGCUACGUCCCAGAGACUUACACAAUGCUCCUUACCUCAUUGAUAUCAAUUAUCGGGCUGAAGAUAUUAUCUACUGGUUACAAGAUAGAUCAACUAAUGCUGGGCUAUAUGUGAUUUGUGGGAUUGGUGGAAUUGGGAAGACAACCAUUGCCAAAUUUGCCUAUAACUCAAGUUCAAGAUUAUUUGAAGGAAGCAGUUUUCUUGCGAACAUCAAUGAAAUUGCAAAACAAUGUAAUGGCUUAGUUCGCUUGCAGAAGCAAGUUCUGUAUGAUAUUGUUGGGAAAAAGGAGAGGAUAUCGAAUGUUGAUGAAGGAAUUAUGAUGAUUGAAGAUGCCGUACGCUAUAAAAAAGUUCUUCUUGUUCUUGAUGAUGUUGAUGAAGCUGACCAGAUAGAUACAAUUUUAGGGAUGAGAGAUCGACUUAAUCCUGCUAGUAAAAUCAUUAUAACGACGAGGCAUGAGUCAUUGCUAAAGCCUUCCGUACCUCACAAGGUGCUUAAAUUAGAAGCCCUGAAUAAAAUGGAUUCCCUAAAGCUUUUUAGCUGGCAUGCCUUUGGAGAAGAUCAGCCUUCGGAAGGCUAUCUUGAGCUCUCAAAAAGAGUGGUUCUUCAAUGUGUAGGACUUCCUUUAGCUCUUCGUGUUUUAGGUUCAGCUCUGUCGGGUAGAAGACCAGAAAUAUGGGGAAGUGCACUAGAAAAGCUGGAAACAAUCCCUGAUGGUUAUGUCAUUGAAAAACUUAAACUGAGUUUUGACACUCUUGAAGAUGACCAUGACAGAGAUAUAUUCCUUCAUAUAGCUCAUUUCUUUCUUGGGAUGGACAGAGAUGACUCUGUUAGAAUACUGGAUGGAUGUGGUUUCCACACAAUAAUUGGGAUGCAAAACCUCAUUGAUAGAAGUCUUUUGACAAUCAGUGACUUAAAUAAGUUGGAGAUGCAUCAAUUGCUUAGAGACCUGGGGAGAAAUAUCGUUCAUAGGCAAUCACUGGAUCCUGGAAAACGUAGUAGACUUUGGAAUAACAAGGAUUCUUUCAGAGUGUUGAACAAUAAGACUGGCACUGAAAAGAUUGAAGGGAUCAGCCUUGACAUGCCCAUAUUGAUGGAAGAUAAAUCAGCCAAAAGAUUUUUCACUGCAAUUAGCUCAAAAAGGCUCUUCCUCAAAGAUCAUGUAGAGAAUUAUGCAGAUCACAAUGUUUUGCUGCAACAACCUUCUUCUGGUUUUUAUUCAUGGCAUUCAAUAGACACUUCUUCAAGACACUCAAAUUACAGCAUAGAGACUCAUGCAUUUACGGCAAUGCGAAACCUAAGGGUGCUCAAACUAAAUGAUGUGCACCUUAUUGGAUGCUACAAAGAAUUUCCCAAGAGACUAAAAUGGCUGUCUUGGCAUGAAUGCCCUUUAAAAUCCAUUCCUAGUGACCUUUCCUUGGAAGGACUAGUUUCUAUUGACAUGCGGUACAGCAGUUUACAACAAACAUGGAGUGGAACUGAGGUUUUGAGAUUUCUCAAGAUUCUCAACCUUAGUCAUUCUCGGGAACUUACCAGAACCCCUAACUUCGCUGGAAUGCCCCGGCUGGAGAAAUUAAUUCUUAAAGACUGCGUUAAACUGGUUUAUAUUGAUGAAUCUAUCAGUUACCUCCAAGAAAUCGCCCUACUGAAUCUAAAAUACUGCAAGAGCAUCAGAAAGCUGCCAAGAAAUAUUGGUGAACUUAAAAGUCUUAAGACACUUAAUAUAUCCUUCUGCUCAAGCCUGGAGUCGCUGCCAAUGGAGCUUAACAUGAUAGAUUCUUUGAAAGUUCUAAGAGCUGAUGGAAUUGGUCUAAACCAAAUAAUCUGUAACACCAAUGAGUGGAAAUCAUUACGGGCAUUAUUUUCAUCUUGGCUAUCAAAGCCAAGAAUCUCUCCUGAAAUAUCAUUGGCCUUUUUACCAAGCUCUUUGGUGAGCUUGAGUCUUGUGAGUUGCAGGCUGUCUGAUGGAUCUUUUCCCGAGAAGUUUAGCAAUCUUCUGCUGCUCGAAGAACUGGAUCUAAGUGAAAAUUCAAUUAGUUGCCUCCCAGAGUGGAUCAAGAGUCUCCCUCAGCUCCAAAGCCUCAGUGUCAAGUCUUGUAAGAUGCUUAAAUCACUUACUGAGAUGCCAAAUAGCAUUUCAGAAUUGUCAAUAGAUAGUUGCUCAUCGUUGGAGAUGAUGACAUACCAAUCAUUGCUAACGAAAUAUCCAAGCCUGGGGCACGAUUACAAUUGUGACAGUCUAGUCAUGAUGCAGGGGAACUUUAAGGUAGAAGCUCUAGAAAAUGCUGACCCGCUGAUGCUUAAACGUUUUGGUCUGAAUCUUGGAACUAUGGAAAACACUAAGGUGAAAAUGGACUUUUUUUCGAGUUACAAAAUGAAAAUGCUUCCGCCACAGGGCCUGUACGAACAAGGCAUCUUCAGUACAUUUCUUCCUGGAAACAAGAUACCUAGCUGGUUUACAAAGUUAGAGAAUAUGAAUGCAGUAAGUUUUACCAUAUCUCAACCUCUCAACAAUAUCCAAGGCCUAUCCAUAGCGGUUGUGUAUACAAGUUCUGAUUCUCAAGAGAAUGAGUUUUCAAGAACCCACUGGCGAAAACAGGAGAAUAUUGUACACAAUACGACUAAAGAUUUGAAGUGGAUGCACUAUCCAAGAGUUUUCGGCGUACCAGAAGGUAAUGAAGAAAUAACAUGGCUAAGUCGCUGGAAAUUUGGAGAUAUGCUACAAGAUGGAGACGAAAUUUCUAUUUUCGUGCGUUUGAAUAGCUUGAAGGUAAAGGAACUUGGCAUCAACAUUUUCUGUGACGAGCAAGAGCUGAGUGAGCUGUCAAACUGCAAAGUUGCUAGCAGUCCAGUUCCCUUGUUUUCGAAUGAUAACGUUCCUGGAGAUGUAUCACAACGUGGUAGAGUUUUUAAAAUAGGGAGGUAAUUAUAUGGUAAGAUAUUUGACAUGACAGAAACCAAUGGCAUGUCUAAAUUGUUUGUUAUUGAGGCUGUAUGUAUGUUUCAACCUCUUAUAAUGUCUGUUGCAUUCAAAAAAGGAAGGUAGAUGAAGCAAUGUAAUAUGUAGGAGAUAUUCUGCUAAUAAUUCUCCAAUUCUAGCAAUCGGUACUGCAAAUAUUGAAGACUCCUAUUUAGGUAUUCUGGAGUCUACUAAACUCACUG